AUGCCUUGGUUGUGGUCCAGCCCGACCCUUACGGGAAACGCCAAAGCCGGUCCUUCAACGCCCUUGCAGCCGAUCGAGACAGCCCCUCCUGCAUCCGAGAGCUCCGCUGGACCGAGCUCCAAACGUGUAGACGAGGCACCAUCCCCAGCAGCACAGCAGGCCCGAUCGGUCUCAGCGACAGCGAGUGCGGCGCCAGGAUCUGCUCCGGCUCGGUAUGAGCGGCUCUUGAAGGAUGAGGAGACAUACCAGGCGAAGCAGUUCCCUUCUUUCGAGGAAGUACCGGGGUGUAUGCAGCUAUUUGACGAGUUCAUGAUGUGCUAUGCCCUCGUGCCCCAGCUUCGAUCAUUCUACCGCCGAGGCGAGUUCCACGACUGUUCCUGGAAAUUCCGGGACUUCAAGUACUGCCUCUCGCUCAAGUCUGAGCCGGAGGACAGGCGGGUGGAACUAUGGACGAAGAGGAGGGCGGAAUGGUGGGCUACAAGAAGGUUCGAGGGGAGUAGCGAGGACGUGUGGGAUGUAAGAGAAAAACCACCUGCCAACUUCCCGCCUGUAUAUACGGAAGAGGAAGCGGACGUCAAGAUCGUGACAUGA